ACAUUGAUGGUGAAAGAGAGUGAGAGAGUGAACAGUGUGACGUGACUACUGAACUGAAGAACCCGUGACCAUGGAAACUUAAGAACAGAAGCGAAGGAGGACAGUGAAGAUAUCCGUGUCACAUCCAAGGACCUCGCAAAACAGUGUUACUCAGGCAAUACGUGCAGAAAAACUAAGUGCGAAUUGUACCAAAGACUAACGAAGACAACACACAUCCUUGUCUAGUGUGAUGGGCGGGCAAGACACUGUUCAGAAGGCAAGGGAAGGACAUAGCAGUGUGUUCAGCGCCUUUGGAAACUUGUAAGCUCCCCAAUGAACACAAAACACAACGAAAAUGCCUUGUAUGUAUAGUGUUUGGCGUUGAUAUAAAAAAGGAGGAAAUUUUAAGGAGGAAACCACAUGGAAAGUCUUAUUAUUAGCAUCUGGCGGUGAGCAGAAUUAACGAAUCAUUGUGGAGAAUACAGUUUGGUUUGGGGUCUUACAAUGACUCAGUGUUGCACCUUUGAACUGGCCCAAAGAGUAACGAAGAGCUAACGAACCAAGACAUAGUGGCGAUUGUGAUGGAUGGGCGGCGGCGGAGACCCUUAUCGCAGGCUAGUGACGGAGAGAGCGAGGAGGGGGCAGCGGCAAGGUCCUGGCUAGCCCUGAUACUCACGUCCUAGCCUUACCCAGCAUGCUGAGCGUCGGGGGGCUGCCGGACCUCGCGCCGCCCGGAAGCCACAGGCGGUCCAAAAGUGACUGUGGCUUGGACAAAACGGAUAAGGUUGCUGACAUGGCCCCUCUCGCCCUGAGCCCACGUAGCCUGUCUCCAUCUGACAUCACGCACGCCCGCACACGCCCAUCCUCCCCCGCCCUCGUGCGUUCUCCGUCCACAUCGUCUAUUCCGGAGAUCUUUAUUAGCGGGGAGGAUGACCACGGCGCGGGCAUGUCCCCAGUGACCCGCCUUGCUUUUUUCUCCCUCGCCGAUUUUCUGGAGACGGUCACCCACCAUCCACAGUCCCGCCGGCACCACCUCCACCAUCCCCAGUCUCGGAAGAAGUGCAGUGCCAGUGAGGUUGGCGGAGGCAGCCAUGGCGGGGGUCGGCGGCGGUCCCCUCUGGCGGCACGCAAGUCAACCCCAGGGGGCGGCACGGCGGCUGGCGGCAGUGGCGGGGGCGGUGAGGUGAACACUGGCACCCCCGCCGGGACCAGUGGUGGGGCGGGGGCGACGGCAGGGGGCUCCGGGGCCCAGGCGACACCCCACCCCGGCAGACAAGGCAGCGUUGGGGGCCAGGCUGUGCGGCUCUCCAAUGCCACACACUUUGAGGAGUCCGGAGUCCACUCGUCGACGGAGGACUGUGAUGCCGAGACCGUUCCGUCGUCCGGGGUGUCCAAUGGGUCUGGUGAGCUGGUGGAUGCCCUGCGCUGCGUCACGGAUGGUGGUCCGAGCCUGCUGGAGGAUGAGGAGCAGAUGCCGCACCUCCAGCGGACCAGGGAGGCCGUGGAGCACAUCCAGACCAAGAUACAGAAGACCAAAGACCUCAUCAAGGAGGAGCAGAAGGCCAGGGACGAGAACGUGAACGAAUACCUGAAGCUUGCCGCCAAUGCCGACCGCCAGCAGAUGGCUCGCAUCAAGGCGGUGUUCGAGAAGAAGAACCAAAAGUCCGCCGCCCUUAUCCUGCAACUACAGAAGAAGCUUGAGAACUACCAGAAGCGCCUGCGGGAGAUUGAGACCCACGGGGUGAACGCAGCGCACAGACAGCCCAAGGAGGUGUUGCGAGACAUGGGACAGGGACUCAAGACGGUGAUUAGUAAGCCCAAGGAGAUAGCUCACCUGAUCAAAAACAAAUUUGGCUCCGCUGACAAUAUCAAGGAGUUAGCCGGAGAGGAGGAGCGCGACGAGGAGCGUGCCCACCACGGCUCAGCCACCCUGCCUGUGGGGGCCAGCCUGGUGCCACCCACCUCCUCGAACGCAGGGGCGGCCCUCCCAAGCCACCAGCAGAGCUCCUCAGGUCAGGGCGGCGCGGGCAGCAGCAGCGGCGGUGGUCACCACGGCAGCAAGAUAGGCUCUGAGGAAGGCUCAGAAUGCAACUCGUCCAUCACCAGCGAGAGUGUACCGGGUGGGAGCACCACCCUGGCACACCUCGCCUCGCCCAGGAACCAUCACGGACAACUGACUGGCCUGGAUUACUUUGGCCAGCCGGGAGGAAUGUCCGUGGAACAGCUGUUGAUGGAGCUGAGGGAGAGCAGGGAGGAGAUCGCCCGGCUGAGGGAGGAGAUUGACACAACAAAGCUUGCCCUGGCGGCCGAGCUGAAUGGCAUGCGUGAGGGCCUGGCUGAGGAGCGGUUCCGGUGCGAGCGACUGGAGGAGCAAGUGAAUGACCUGACUGAGCUGCACCAGAACGAGAUGGGCAACCUGGUGACCAAUAUGGCAGACAUGGAGGAGAAGGUGCAGUACCAGAGUGAGGAGCGGAUCAGGGACCUGCAUGAGGUGGUGGAGAACUGCCACACCAGGAUUGCCCGCAUGGAGCACCAGCAGGCCCAGCAGCAGCAGCAGUACCUCACGCUGGAGGGCCUGGAGGACAGCAACGCCCGGGCUGUCUUCGUCAAGCUGAUCAACGUCCUGCUGACUGUGCUGCAGGUGCUGCUGCUGGUGGUGGCCACGGUGGCCAACAUCCUGACGCCGCUGCUACAGACCCGCUCACGCCUCAUCGGCACAGCCACGGCCAUCAUCUUCAUCAUCUUCGUGUACAUCCAGCUGCCAGAGCUAAAGGAGCUGUGGAUGGCAGCCAUAGGCAGGUUUCAACAGCUGGUGUCCUUCAAGUAGCGCCACGGCUGCCGCUGUCCUUCGGGGAGGCCACCGGGCCGCUGUUUGGCCGGGCCAUCCUCCGUGAGGCCGCCCGGGCAGUCUGUGUCCCUGGAGGUGGCCUGCGGGUCUGUGGUGUCCCCGGGCCGUGUGUGUGUGUGUGCCGUGCCUGUACAGACAUAAUAAUAAUAGUAAUAUUAAUACAGACGCCGCAUGCCGCCUGGAGACUAUGUCCCUCCCUGUGCCGCGUUCCCCCCGCCGGGAACCUUUAGGAGAGGGACGGUGGUGUGAGGUGCCGGACUUUCUCUCGCUGUAGUCUGUAGUCACCACGCAGCCCGGGAGUCAUAUUGACUCCCGGCGCACAGGUUCUUAGAGGUGUGGAGGUGUGUUGCAGUGAACAGUACCGACAACAGCACAACAGGAGGAUUGCUGCACCAUGUGGAGGUGGAUGUGACCAGUGGUGUCAGUGUAGCACUGGGGCGUACAGUCCUGAGAGGUUACAGAACAGUGGCUGGGAGCCAGGCCGUGUGUGCCACCCAGGAAGACAACACCCGCCAAGAAGAAGAAGAAGAAGAAGAGGGAGAGGUGGAGGAGGAGGAGCAGCAGCAGGGCUGGCAGGCUGUGUCUCUGGGCCACACCGAGCCCCCGUGAUGGAGGUUUGUCUGGACAGCUUGUGUGAUAGUUCAUACCAAAGCCGGGAGGUGCCUCGCACUCCCUCAUUUUUUCUCCUCUCCUCUCGCUAGUUCCCUGUAGCUCUCUCACGCGCUGCAACAAAGACACGAGCCAGUAACCGCUGGAUGCCGGGCAGUGUGUGCGGGAAGCAGCUCUGCCGUCACCCCGGCUACAAAUCACUGGAUACCAAGCCCGAGCCCGAGCCCGCCACGACCACGCUCCACCUCAGCGGCUCCCUGGGCAGCGCCACACCUUGGAAUCACAUGUUCCUGCCAAUACCCGUAACGAUAAGGACCCAUGCCUUGCCGGGGCUGGCGGCGGGGCUGUGGCCGCACCAGACUGUCCUGCUAGAUGCCCUCCUCCUUCCUCUCCUCCUCCUCUCUCUGUCCUGGCACGCCUCCAUCAUGGCACUCCAUCACUGUCCUGUAGUGUGUUGCCGUAUACAUUUUUUAUCUUGUUGUCUGAAAAUGGCACAGUGGGCGAUGAGGUGUUAUUAUUAUUACCUUGUUCAUUGUUCCGGGAUACGCUGGUGCUGCUGUGAGGCCGAGAAGGACACAGAGAGCAUGCUACACUGGCUUGUGUGUGUGUGUGUGUGUGUGUGUGUGUGUGUGUGUGUGUGUGUGUGUGUGUGUGUGUGCCAGGAUGUAAAUGGUGUCACAUAUAUCACAAAAACACAAAAAAAAUGGUUACCGGCAUUGUUCGCACCUUGGGCUGCUUUCCCAGGGACUUAUCUGAUCCAGGUUAUCCUAAAGCUUGUGAAGGGAAGGGAUAGGAGCAGCAGAGCAUUACUUUGUCUGGGGCCGAGCGCCGCACCUCAACCUAGCAGUGUGUUACCGUGGGCUUGAUACGAGUCACUGGGUUUUAUCGGAAUUAUCAUAAACAAGAAAUUAAUAAAGAUAACGGAUUUCCUAUAGCAAUAAUUUAAAGUUUAAGGACAUUAUGGACUUGCAAAUUGACAUUCAAAGCCUCGAGCAAAUCAUUCAAAUUUCAAACUUAGCAAUAUUGCCUAUAAAAAUGUGUUAAAAGGUAUAUAUAUAUUUUCAAACAGUUGUAAGGGGAGGGUCAAGUAAGGUCUAUGGCGCCUGAAGUCUCAUUGUCACAGUACAUCUUCUAAAAGGGUGAAAAACAUACCAUGUGACCGUUAGCUGCCGUGUGGACUCACAGACCGAUUAGACACUCCAGCAACCUUUGGAAGAGAAGCUUAAUAGAAGUAGCGAUGCCUUGUACUUACAGCCACUCGUGUGAAGCCUUUUGUUGGUCCAAUGAGACUUGUUGACGUACGCACCAAGCUGUCCCUCGCAGUGGCUGCUGAGAGAAACUGAGGCUGAGGUUGACGGUGGUGUUUGUGGUGGUGGUGUAGAGUUAUGGCUGUAUGUGGUGGUAGUGUUGAGUUUAAGUCAUUGGCAGGAGGAAAUACUGGUGAAUGAAGGCUGUUGCAAUUUACCGGUGGAAGGGAUGAAAGAAUGAAGAUGCUGGUUAACUCUUGCAUAAGGGAUUUGAAUAUUUGAGGGAUUAAGGAAUGAAGAUGCUGGUUAACUCUUGCAUAAGGGAUUUGAAUAUUAGAGGGAUUAAGGAAUGAAGAUGCUGGUUAACUCUUGCAUAAGGGAUUUGAAUAUUAGAGGGAUUAAGGAAUGAAGAUGCUGGUUAACUCUUGCAUAAGGGAUUUAGAUAGAAUAGGGAUGAGGGAAUCAAGAUGCUGGUUAACUCUUGCAUAAGGGAUUUGGAUAGAAUGAAGAUGCCAGUCUGAAUGUAAUCACCAACCAGUCACAUAACCAAUCAGUCAGUCAGUCAGGGAGUCACAGUGUAGGGCAGUCUUGUGUGUGUGUGUGCGUGGAGCUGGCUGGGCUAAACCACGACUGAGGCUGGUCAUCCCUUGCUCUGUUAUCCGUGAUCAUCGUCUGCAUCCACAUUCAUAGUUGAGUCAGUGAAGGAUAUAGAAUGGGAGAGAGAGAAUAUUCUUAUUGUUUGAUGCUUCUGACUCUCACCAAGUAUUUCCAUAGGCUAAGAAAGAUAUUAGAGACUUUGCUGUGUUGAAAGCUAAGGAAAAAGACAUUUAUUCUGCUAUAGCCAUGAUUGUUGAAGUACUUACAACACUUAAAUUUAAUGUAACUCUGUCUCUCAAAAAAUAUUAAGCUGUUUAAAGCCAUUCUGAUUCCCACUAAAAAACUCUGCCAUGUUCUUAUCUAAUCAUACUUUUUGGAGGAUUGAGUCAAGCUUAUAUUCCUCAUUAUUUCAUCACAGUUUUUCUUAUAUUUUUAACAAUGUUGGAAGCACUAAAGCCUAAAGACUCGGCUAUAUUCUUUAUCUCUAUAUAUAUUUAGGCGGGAUUGAGUCAAGCUUGUGUGUCAUCAUUUUAUCACGGUUUAUCUGAUAGUUCCUGAAAUUUGUGCAUAGAUUUGACACCUAUGGAGGCAGACAGACCCAGGCUUAUAUUCUCAGAUGCUUAUGGCUCUCACAACAGCUCUUUCCCAAGGCCACAAAGGAAGUUAGUCAGGUUCCCAUGAGUGUAUUGUAUGUUCAUGGUGCAGAAGCCUUGUCAAACUAUCAAAAGGCUCAUGAAACUACCCAUGGACAUACCAACACAACCUAUACCAAAGCCUUGUCAAACUAUUACUAUAGGCUCAUAACUAUCCUUGGAAAUAUUAAUACAACCUUACAACAACUAUUUCCUUUGGCCACAACCUCUAGCCUUAUUUUAUGUUGGCGUGGGAGCCGAGAAAUGCCUGAGAAUAUUCAACUUAAAUUACGGAUGGCAAACGAAGGGAUGCCCAGUUUAUCGUCAUCCCGGCCGCUCCCAGUCUUACUAUAAUACCAUUUUCAUAGAUGAUAAUACUACUACCCUAGGAAGGAAGGAAGGAAGGAAGGGCAGGAAGGGAAGGAUGGACAUAAAGACUUUUUGGGCCUCACUGGCAGUUUAUAGCCAAGCCUUCAUUAUCGAGGCUCACUGUAUUUAUUGUACUCUGUCAGUCACCCUGUGUAUGUAUAUUAUCAAGCAUUCGUGGCUCUGUUCCUUGAGACUCCAUUACUGCUGCUGCUGCCACUACUGUUACUACUACUACUACGUCUACUACUACUACGACUACAUCUACUACUACUACUACCAUUAUUUUUGUUAUUAUUAUUAUUAUUGUGGUCUUAAUUUCUUUUAUAUUUAUUUGUGGCUCUGUUCCUCUACCACCAAUACUACUACUACUGCUACUAUUAUUAUUAUUAUUAUUAUUAUUAUUAUUAUUAUUAUUAUUAUUAUUAUUAUUAUUAUGGAAGGUAUUUUGGGGGCCAGAUUGCUUUUUCUUUCAUUGAUUUUGUGGUUAUUUUUUCCAUUAAGACUUUUAUUUAUUUGUAUAUAUUUAUUUAUUAACUUCACAAGCUCUGAAGGGAGGGAGUUUCCAUAUUUUUUCACUGUUUCAAAUUACUCCAUAUUGUUUUUUGUCAACUUUUUUUUAUAUUCGCCUGAUUUUUUUUGUGUUGGUCUUCAUUAAUUGUUAUGUGGAUGAUUCGUCUUUUGGGGGCUGUUUUUCAAGGCUCGGUCAGCUUUUUUUUUCAUUCUUCAAUCAGUAGUUUUGUUUCCAUAUUGAUUUUUGUAUAAUUCUUUUUUCUUUGUAUUAUUCUAUCAGUAAUUUUGUUUCCAUAUUUAUUUUUUGUAUAUUUUUUUUGUAUUUUUGAAUCAGUAAUUUUGUCUAUAUUGAUUUUUUUGUAUUUUGUAUUUUUCAAUCAGUAAUUUUGUCUCUAUAUUGAUUUUUGUAUUUUUCAAUCAGUAAUUUUGUCUAUUGAUUCUUGUAUAUUUUUUUUUUUGUAUUUUUCAAUCAGUAAUUUUGUUUCCAGAUUGAUUUUCAUAUAUUUAUUUUUUCUAUAUUCUUGUUAUCUUGUCAGUGGCUGCUCCAGAUUUCCUAUUGAUACUCUCUUUUUAUAAAUGUUUAAGCCAUCCCAUGAAGAGUCCAUUUUUAAAAGCUUGUAUUUCUUCAUAUAUUUAUUUUCUGUUUAUAUUUUCUCAUCAUAUAUGUUUAAGUUUCCUCCCUUGAAGACCCGGUUGUUGAAUUUACGUUCUUUAUUUAUCUAUAUUUAUUUAUUUAUUAACUUCACAUAUUAGGGAGGGAGAUUUUUUUUCUAUUUAUUUAUUAAUUUGUUUCUUUUUCUUUUUUUAGAUUCUUCCUGUAGUAAUGUUUAGACUGGAAGCCCCAAACUUCUUCAUUUAUCUUUAAUUUAUUUUAUUUCAUUUCAUUUUUUUUCUUUUAUUUGUUGAGUGGUAGCCCUACACUUCUUUAUUUGUCUUUUAUUUUUAUAUUUUUUACUUCACUUUUUUUUUCAUGUCCUUGGCAGAGUAUUCUUGGUUACUUUUUUAUUCCACUUGAAUCCACUAUUAUUGGUGUGACCUAUUCUCUUUUAUUUAUGCCUAUUUAUCUUUUCAUGUGUUUGUAAAGGUAUUUUUUUGUUAUUUUUUUAUUCCCAAUGAGUCCACUGGUUUUUGUGUAUUCUCUUUUCUUUAAUAUUCUUGCAGUAACGUUGACAGUGGCUGCUCCAUGUUACUUACUUAUCUUUUAUAUCCAUCUUUUUAUUUAUCUCUUCAUGUGUUAAGUUAGUUUUUUUUAUUCUAGGCGAGUCCACUGGUAUUCCUUUUUUUUUAAUAUUGUUGCAGUAACGUUAACAGUGGCUGCUCCAUGUUAUUUAUUUAUCUUUUCCCCUAAGCUUAGUUUUUCCACGAGGAGCCUACAUUAUUUUCCUAUCAAGGGUUGGGCCGCUGCCCCCCCCAGGUCGUUGUGCCCCCCCACCCCCGGGGAGGUGCCGGGCUUGAGAUCUGACUCACUGUAAAGUUUGGUUGUCAAAGUGUGUGACUGUUUUGACAAACUUAAAGCAUAUUAUAUUAAUUUUAAAGAUUUUAUUUCCUAGGAGAUUUCUAGUAAAGAAGACACUCUA